GGUCGUAUUUUUGUGGGUCUCGGUGUUGGUAUGGCAUCGAUGACAUCUCCAUUAUACAUCUCAGAAGCUUCUCCUGCUAAAGUCCGAGGUGCCUUGGUUAGUACCAAUGGUUUCCUUAUAACAGGAGGCCAGUUUCUGUCUUACCUGAUCAACUUAGCAUUCACCAAGGCUCCUGGGACAUGGAGGUGGAUGCUUGGAGUUGCAGGGUUACCAGCUAUGUUUCAAUUUGCACUAAUGUGGUUUCUUCCAGAGUCACCACGCUGGCUUUAUAGAAAGGGAAGGGAAGAUGAAGCCAAAGCCUUACUCAAAAGAAUCUACCCCGUGGAUGAGGCUGAAAUGGAGAUACAAGCUCUGAAAGAGUCUAUUGAGACAGAGAUCAAUUGCACUACUAUAGGUGCAAAUCUUACCUAA